AUUUCAGACAACAAUAGGAGAGUUACUGACUGGAACAGACAAGCUAAUGGAAGCAUAAUAUUUCCUAAUCUUUAACAUCUUAAAACUGAGAUAAACUUUCUUCCGGAAACAUAUUUAGCUCUCAAGGACCAUAUGAGACUGAGACAUUCAUGGGUUGGGCAAAUGUUUGACUCCAAAUUUAAUUUGAAAGCUUUGGUCUUGUUUGGUCCAAACCAUAACAACAGGUGUGAAAGGUGCCUCAGACCACAGUCUGGAUCAAAGGACCACAAUUUGAUCAGAUCAAAAGUGGUCGACUUGGUCUGUUUCAAUGGACCAUGUUUUGGUUUGUUUGCAGUGUGAAAACACUUUGCCUUUCUGUAUAUCCUAAACAUUUUGGAGCUAAAACUACACAAAACUUGCACAGAUGGAAUAGUUACCAUCCAUAUGUCCUUGGUGGGCGGGAUAAACUGUGUCUUAGCACUCCUUAAUAUUAUGUUUGAUGAGACACCAACACACAGGAUCUAUUUUGUCUUUGUUAUCCAGCUAGCCACUUGCAGGCUAGAUACUGGACUCUAAUAAUGAGAGCUUUUUUCAGUGAGACCGUCGGCCUAACAACCAUUCUGAGCACCAAGCUCUGUUUUUAAUGAUUGACUAAAAUAACGAACAACAUUCAGAAACUUCUAAUUUGUUCUUUGUUAGUUUCAGCGACUUUUCACGUAGGCUAAGUUAUAUUUUCGUUAAUGUCAUCAUUCUCAUUAUGUCGAACGAAACGUGGAUUAAUUACGGUGGCCCUGAAUUGUUUUCUGAUUUGCCGCUGCGCUUUGACCCUCAGGGCCACCGUAGUUAAUACUUUGAUGAGCGAAAAUUAAGUAUUUCGUGUGCUUACCUCAGUCAUUUGGUCCUAGCAUCGUAUUUUCAUAUAAAAAGCAGACUCUCUAACAUGUAUCUGAGUCAUAUCUAAGGUGGACAAAAGAUAUAGCUGAAAUAUGUGACGGUGGUCAGUAAACCGAAGCAGGAGGCGCCAUUUCCCAACAACACACCUCCUUUGUCCCCCCUAACGACCGAGGACGCUGUCUCCUGAUUGGCUGCUGUUACAUCAUGUGUUUUCAGGCCUGACUAGAUGAUGCUAUUUUAAACCACACUUCCUUAGUGAGCGGUGGAUUAAAAGGUCGGUACGGGGAAAGGCCUAAGACACUAACAAGAUUCAGUGAAGCUGUGAGUUUGAUAACCACGAACACCAGACACGGAUAAACGGUCGUUAGCUGCUGUUCGGUGGGCCCAGAGCUCCGACACUGCCCCGGGAAAAAAGGGGACCGGAUUCAGGGUCAACACACGGCUGCAAGGAUGCUCCAGGGCUGGACUCUGAGACGCUAUUCCUCAGGCUGAUUGCACUGAUGGAUCACAACAACCCAGGGGCACUGAAAGAUCUAAGUGGAGAGCCUGGUCUGACAGCAGAAUGGGAGAAUUCAGAGUCAUUCUCUCCAGAAAAGGAGCAGUGGAGGUGCGUGGUGGCAGAGGAUGUGACCACUAAUGGUUCCUGGUCACAGAGGUCCAUUUCCCGUUCCCUGCAGCGAGCUGAGACUUUACUUAGAAGCACCUUUAAUCCCAGUCUGAAGUGGCUGUUCCAUGGGUGCAGUCAAGAUGAAGAUGCAGAGGAAGGAAAUUUUGUUGCUGCACACAACCUGGUAUCCCGGUCCUCUGCUCGUCUCCUCCAUCUGCAACAAGCUCUUCUGACUGUGGCACCGCAGUGGCAGCCAGUCGGCGGGGCACAGGUCUGUGUUAAAGGCCUACCGGCAGAGGGUGGUGUUCUCCUCCAGCCCUCCUCCUCCCUGCAGGGGCACUACAGGACUUUGUGUAGACUCCUGGAGCAGCGGUCACUGCUGCUCUUCAUCCACGAGUACACCAGGAGGGCCCGCCUCACAGCAACAUUCAUAUCAAGAGUGAACCAGCUGCUGGAGGACCAGCUGAAGAAAUCACACCUUAGAAUAAACCAGACCCCGUUCAGCUGGUCUUCAUUCAGGGUCAGUCUUGGCUCAUUGAGUCAGGAGCUCCGGGUCCAUCUCAACCACUGGUCUUGUCUAUUCUCCAAAGUCCAGUCUGACCACUAUCUGAGACCUGCUCUAGUCCAGCAGACCAGACUGCUGGGGGAAAUCAAACAGAGUCUGGGCUGCCUUGGUCUGCAGGCGCUGGUUUUGAUGGAGCGUUAUGUGUAUGUCACUCUGUCUGCUACAGGCCAGGCUGAAUUACACUCUGUACCAAGAGAAGUCCUGGAGGACAUUUUAGCUGGUACAGAGGUGUAUAACCAGGCAGUGGAGGAGCAGAGAGCACAGCACAGCGCCACCCAGCUGAGGACUUCAGUAUUACAUCAAGCACAUUCCUCCACACCGUACUCUAGUUUUCUAAACAGCAAAGAGUAUCACCCUGCUGUCUUCUCAGUUAGAGAACUGACAACGAUCUUAGCGGUGCAUCAUGCAGAAAUGGCAGCCAAGCCACUGCUGUGCUGGGUCUCUGCCCAGAGCGACCAGAUCUGUCAGGUCCACAACAACCACAAGGCCCACACAUGUUCUGUUAAUUCAACUAUCAGAUCUGAAUGUAACUGGGAACAGAUGCCGUAUGCCUACCUUAUUUCAUCUCCUCUGAGUUAUCACCGUGCUCUGCAUUCAUCGACUUGUCACACCUGCCAUGAAACUCCUGUUUACAUCCCUGGCCUCCAUUUCGACACUACAUACUUGGAAAACCACCAUCCUGUCCUAGCCAAGUCCUCCUCUGUCCAACAUAGGACAGACUGCUCUAAAAAAGACCACACCCACCAGUGCCAAACCUGGAUAUGCCAGACUGGUGGAGUCCAGACCAGCACAGAAGCUUUGGACUCAGCCCAGCUUAAUGUAGAAAGACAGAAGAUUUUAGAAAACUGUAAACUACUACAGAGCCCCUCAGACACCCCCCACCAUCCCUCAGCCCUGCCUCUGUCAGUUGUUUGCCAACAGGACCGUUCUUCAGUAGAGUUUCUGUUUCAGGUGCUGGUUUCCUCCAGUGACCUGCUGGCUCCACUGGUAUCACAUAUGUCUACACCAGAGGCACCAACUGAACGACUGCAGCCAAAUACAGUAACAGAUGUGUUAUCACCAAAGACUGAGCCAAUGAUUUCAACUGCUCCAAUAAUAAAUACAGCUGAUUCAGUGGAACUGAAUAGACUGAGUACAGAACUGAACAAGGACCAAACCAUGGAGGGAACUCAUCUGGAAUGGGCUGAACUGGAAAUUACAACCAGACUAGAAACCACUGACAGGUCAGGUUUUCAGGGGGAUGGAGACCCAGAGAAGGAGGAGACUGUGGGAGCAGAGGGGACAACAGUGGAAUCAGACUGUGUUCGUUGGCCUCACUCGGUACAGUGGUUGGACCUUGGUCAGUCACUGGUGUUUUCUGAUCUGUUUGGACAGUACCGUACCCUGCUGUGGUCUCUCUGCAACAGAGCCCUGUGGCUGCAGAUCCACACACCACAAACAGGAAACGCUGCAGGAAGCAUCAACCUCCAGGACACCCACAGGGGGUUCCUGCACCACAUCAGUCAAGCUUCAAAGACAGGUCUGGUUCCAAAGGAGUGCAGAGCCAUGCUGGAGAAUCUCAGUCUGAAUCUCUUAGUCAGUACAGCACAUGCUCAGUGGGACUAUGUGUUGUGCAGAGGUUUAGGUUCAGCUCUGAAAGAUAAGUGUCUCACAGAUGUAAAUCGCUCUGUGUCACCAUCCUCUAAGCAACAUGGAAACGUGAUGAUGUCAGAGACCAUGGAGCACUUCCUGCUGCUGUCCCCUCCUCUGCUGUCGUCUCUGUGCUGCCAUCACUCAAACAGCAGCGUGUCAGGCUCUUUUAGCCACCUCCCCCUCAGGCCCACUCUCCACAGACAGACUGUUAGUUUGAUGUUGGCCACAGUGCAGCUGUCUACAGUUUGGGUCAUGUCUAAGGCUUACCAGUUCCUGUCCUCAUGGAGCCUCAGCAAGUUCCUGCUCAUCACACAGGGGGACCUCAAAGUGCUCAGAGCGUCAGUAGAGAUGAUGGUGCAUCAGACUAAGUCCCUGGUGAUGAAUUCAGACAGUGAUCAGUCAGCUCUUCAGAACCACAGCCAGCUUCUGCUGAGGCAGCAACUGGAAGCACUGGGCAGGGCUGUGUCUGAGCUGCAGACCUUUUCUACUGUGGUGCUGAAGACCUUCUCCACUGACUGUAAGAGGAUGUCAGGGGAAAUCUUUGAACAGACCAUGCCUUCCUCUGUACACUGGAGACCCAGCCACAGGACAGGUUACCCCAGCAGUCCCAGUGAGUACUCGUAUCUGGCAGCUCAGACUGUGAUUGGUCAGGUUUUAGAGGGUGUGGCACUGCUGCCUGAUGAUGCUCGUGUCCAAGCUCUGAGUAUAACCAUGACAGCUUUCCUGGAGGCGUGGAUGGAACAUAUCCUGAGACAGAAGAUCAAAUUCAGUGUGCAGGGAGCUCUCCAGCUGAAGCAGGACUUUGAUUCUAUCAGAGAGCUGAUCCAGUCAGACAAAUACGGCCUGUCAGCUGAACUCCACCAACGACUGCUGAGCCUGCGAGUUUUUCAGCAGGUGGACUCAGCAGUGGUGUGUCUGCUCCAGCAGCCUCAGGCAAAACCAUACCUGCAGUCCAGAGCCUGGGGGCCUUUCACACGCUACUGUCCAGCCAACAGCGGCAGAGACAGCAUGGGUGAAGCAGUGGGGAGCAGUAUAACCAACCUCAGGUGUAUGGAGGGUGAAGACCAGACUCAGUCUGAUCCCUCGGUUGUGACCACUGAGCUCCCUCCAGUGGAGCCAUCCACCCCUGGAGAGCCCUACCUUGCUCCAAGUCUGGCUCUGGGUGCUGCUCAGCAAGAGUGGUUGGACCUGAGGAUCCACAGUAGUGCUUGUCGUUGGAGGCUGCCAGGGCUGCGGUGUUUCUCUAAGUCUGAACCCUGAACACACACACUCCACAGGAAUCUCUCUGCCCCAGAGGAAAUAUUCAGUAAAAACAUCAGAACAGUUUCUCUUUGUUAAUUUACUGUGUAGUUUUUAAUAAGAACCUCAAAGGCCACUUCAUUACUUUUUGAUGAAUUAAUAUAAAAUAUAUUUGUAUUCAUGAACAAAACAAUUUGCUUAACCACUUGCCAGCAAACAUAUUUUCAUAUUCCUUAAUAAAAUCCAUUUUUUAUUCA